AAUCAGGCUAUUGUCGAUGUGAUGUGGUGUAGCGAGAUGAUUUGGAACAAUCUGAGGAGGGGCAUGAGAACCGGAUGGUUCGGGUCGGUCACUGCGCUCGGCGCUCUGCCAAGCUACGGAACGUGGACGGAUCAACUGAUCUCAUCCAACGCCGGAGCCUAAGGAAGCCAAUCAAAAAGGCGGGCGUGGGCACGGUAACGGCCGAGUGCUGCCGGCGGAACCAUGAAUUCGGGUGGACUGCGGUUACAUUCAUCGGAGAGUUGAAGACAAUGUCUCUCGCUGGCUAUUGUGAGCAGCUCACUUGAAGUUGGGCUCAGCUUCGCGCCCUUCGCGCCCGACUGUUAUGCCGAAGCCCCUGGAGCUCAUUGUAGCGCCUGGCAUUGCAGCACCAUCAGCGCAACCACCCCAUCAAACGGUAUCGACAUGCAGAUCUCUCCCACGAGGAGUCGCUGCUUGGUCUCCUCGAUACCCCGCCAGACUGCCGCCAAACAUAGUCGCGAGCAACUUUUCGCACCUCCCUGUCGAGUCCUCCAAGCCAGUGUGUGGGGGAUGGGUUAAACUGGUGGCUCAUGUGUCGCAAGAUGGGUCUGCUAGGAUGGCUGUCGUUGAGAGAAUUGGGCAAUACAAGAGUUGCGCUUCGGACAGGAAGCAUCCUAAGAACUGGAUCCCCGUAGCAAUGUUUCGCGAUAUGCGAAGAGACAUGGCUCAUAUGGUUCCAAAGGGGAACGGCAGUUACUCAAGUCACUUUAAUAGGAGAUUGGACAUUGUAGAGAUGCAGAAUGCUUGGAACCACGGCGAUGAUAAUUUCUGCAAUAGCGCGUUGUUCUUUUGGAGGGGACUCGACGUACUCGACAUGCUUUCUAUGCGCACAAGCAAAAUUUGACGUUAAAGGUGAAAUGACAGUUCAAUUCCGAUUCAUAGAGAUCAGCUUAUGGCGUACUAUUCUAUGUAGCCGGGGACGGAACUAAUUGCGUAGAAAACUGCGCUUUCGGAAGGCCAUGAUGGUGGAAGUCAUGGCGAAAGUUGAGCGCCACUACAGUCGCAAAGUAGGGGACAGUUUCAGGAGAGAUAAGGAGCAUCUGGCUUUGUUCGAGGAACUGGGAUUACACGAGGAUUUGGAUUCUUCUCUGGAAAAUGUGGAAUCCACUGUACCCUCUGGUUACGAAGAGUCAGCACAAGGAGGCCUUGAGAAGGAUGAUCUUGAUGUCAAGAGUGAAGACGAGUGGCUUGUGGCGAUUCCAGACGUUCCUCCUUCCCCACAACCCAGCCUGAAAAGCCUUGUCAGAAAUGACUCUCUCUCAUCCAUUAGAACUUCGAGGAGUACACCAUGCUUUGAGGAACCGGAUGCGGCAGCUCUCAGGAGGAAUCCCAGUCCCAUGAGGAACAGCACAAGCCCAAAUAGACCCCGCAAUCUUGGUGCUACUAAGAGCCCGCGGCCUCAAAGUCCCAGCACUGCUAAGAGUCCUCGGCCCCAGAGUCCUGGCAUUUCCAAAAGCCCUCGGCCAGCCUUCACCAUUUCGUCAAAGCGUUCGACACCAAGUAUAGCUUCAUCGAAGAGCUCUUCGACACCUAUAUCGACAUCAUCUGCUGUUAGAUCCUCCACCUCUCCUCGGCGUUUCAAUCCUUCUGUACGCUCGAACUCGCCGUCGACGACAAGGUCCAGUUCAGUAACGCGUGCAACUACUGCUUCAGCUGCGAAGUCAGUAGGUGCAGCGAAAGCUUCCCAUCCUGUAUUCACAAGGGCUUUCACUGUGUCCUCUUCGCCACAGCGGCGACAGAGCACUGGUACCAUCACAAAUCGACCAUUGAUUGCAAGUUCCAAAUCGUCACCUCCCUCUACUUCUACAGGAGCCACGAAGCCAUUUGUCCGAGGAGUGUCGCCCUCCGCGAGGGGCGGCUCUCCGGCGCGUGGUGGCAUGGGGAGGACGUCGUCUCCUUCUGUGAGGGGAGCUUCCCCUGCGCGAUCUGAAACUGGCCGCCGCGCUUCUCCUUCGCCAAAUAACAUCAGGAGCAGAGAAAGCGCUCCUGGUAUAAGUGCAAGCUUAAACUCGAAGCCCUCGAAUUUCACAGAGAGCGACUCUACCGCUUCGACUGAGCAAAGCUCACUCGUUCGAAAACCUGAUCAUUCUGAUUCCACUAAAGAUCUAGGUCAUUUUCUCUUGGAUGCCUCUGCCAACCCGCGCAGCUCUUCCUUCAGUAAGCGAGGCUUCGGUUCUCCAUCCUACUCUGGCGUCCUUGUCAGUCGAUCUUAUGACGAAUCAAGCAAUGAUAGGCGACACAGCACUUCAUCAGCGGAUUAUGAUAGCUAUCUCUCUAAAUCUCAGAAUAGUGGUUCAAGUUAUCUCAGCAGCACUCGGGAUCGAAGUUCCAGCGACCUAAGCAGGAGCCAAGACGGAGGUACUAGCCCUCGUCAGAGAAGCCAAGAUCGAGAGUCCCAACCAUCUGCAAUAUCUUCUGUUGGCGGUUCUGAAACCCAGUUGAGUGAGUCUUAUCCAAACCGUCGGGCUUCUACUAGCGAUCACCGCACUCCUCCCCAGAAAACUACAGCUUCUGAGCAUGAUUUGGAUGGGCAUCGUCACUCCAAAGGCAGUAAAGAGGUGCCCUCAACCUCAAUGGGUCAUUGUGUUCAGCAGAAUUCUGUGAAUUCCACUGGUGGCUUCAAACCUUUCAUGACAAAUAGCUCUAUCCCCUCAUUCAACACCUCUAUUAUGAGCAGAGCUUCAGGGAUUGUUACGCACGAAGACGUGAAGCCUGAUGCUAUGACGAAGGUGGACAGCAAUGUCACGACAGGCUCUGCAGAGGAGCCUAGCUCCAAUGGAGAACAAAAAAACGUUAUCAAACGGACACAAAUGGGGUUUGCUCUCAAGGAAGAGGAUGUAGCCUUGCCCGUAGGUUCAAAUGCAGAGGGCCCGCCAAGCAACACGGAAACGAAUACCAAGAGUCCGCGGUUGACUGCGCUCGUUGUCGGCAAAGGGCCUGUGAAAAUCUACCCAGGGCUGACAGACAUGGAAGACAUGGGCAGCAGUUGGUGCUGUGGGAUGGAAUAUCAGUACCGCAGCAUGUGCAAGCAACACGAGUGUGGGAUUUAUAAAAAUUUUCACGACGCCUUGGUGAUGUCCAAUGCCAAGGCCGUAACCCCCCCUGUUAUUAAAAAUCCAGAAAGUGGUCAAGACGCUGCAGAGAGUGAGACAGUCUCCGUGGAUCCUUCAAGUGCUGCUAUUAAUAUUAGGACCAAUGACGAGGUGGUUGAUGAAGCCUUAGCUUCAAAGGUUGUGAGCGGCGCGAAGAAAGUAGAAAUGGAACUUGCAGAUUCAGCGGUCAAGUCGAAGAUUCAAAAGGUCAAAUGUCGGCAAUUGAACCCAGAGAUGUCGUGUGUUGACUCCAGCGGCGUUUCUGGUGAUGUGGGAAGCAUGAAAUCUGGGGGUGAAAAGGCUCCAAAGACACCACAAGACAGAAAGAUAGGCGUCUUCGAUUCAAAUUCACCUGCUAAAAACUCUCCUGUGCGUGUGCGAAAGGGCAACAUAGAGAGAUGUGGUUUUGGCGGAGACAGGAGUCCCUGCCAGAGAUCCCCCGAGCCCGACGUUAUCAUGAUGUCGCCAGUUUCUGUGAGUGGUAGUGCAACGUCGGAGGAUGUUUUACUUGUUGAUGAUGUCGCUAGAUCUCCCACCUCUCCUCUGCCAGUUGGAAAGCCUAACGUCAGGCAGCUAAGAAGUGAGAAAGCUGGAAGAACGGUGAAGAAUGACUUAAAUUGGGAACAUGACAUGAUUUUAGAGUCUCCUGCAUCGCGACCGCUCAAGCCACCAGACUUUUUUUCAGUUACUAAGCGCAAUGGGGAAGGAGCUACAAUUUCCAGGGUGCAGAGCUUUAACGCGUCAGAAGUCAAGGAGGACGUUGAAGUGUCUGCAGGCGCAGCGGACGCUAUGAAAAAUAAUCUCAACGAGAUUCAGGGUGAUGAGGUGGAUCGUCGAAAUUGUAGUGACGAAGGACUCAAAUUGAAGCUGGCAAGUCACGAAUCCGUAGCAAGGUCGGAGACAGACAUGGCCAUGGAGAAGGGAUGUGCGCAAAGGGUGUCCAAAAACUUGGUGGAUGACGGAUUGUCAGGCGACGAGAAUCUUGAGCGCAAGGAUCAAGCACCUUACCCUCGUGGAAUAGUGAAUGCCCAGCGCGCAGAUGACUUCCCUCGUAGCCCCUUGCGAUAUGUUUCAGACUCUAACAUGAGCAUGCAGGAGAGGACUGACGUUCUUUCCCAGAAACCCGAGAAGCUGAGUACGUUUGCGGGGAGUCCUAAGGCGGGAUUUGGCGCGGGCUAUUAUAGAAGAGGGGAUGGAUCGCUUGUCUUACCAUCAAAGAGCAGGAAUUCGACGCCAUCUGCGACGAGCAUCGACUUGACGCGCAGCGCAGACACUACUUGCUCAGCUCACAGUCAAUACGAUAAUGCGCUGUGGGACGAUCCAAACUACAGCGGCAGAUUUGGCAGCCCCAUGGCGGGGGUCAAGUUUAAGUCGAUUCAGACUCUGCCUUUACCCGUCAAUGUAAGUCGUUUGGAGAUACGAAUUGAUGUUGGAGAAGAAGGGACCACUGGCCCAGAUACCGACGCCAAGUCACCACGACAUGACGAUGGAUUAGACAAGCUGGAUGGAUACGAACAAAGCGCUAGCCCCAAUGCUAGGAAACGGAGGGCGUCAGUGCCAGCGAAUAAGGAGAAUUGCAAGGUGCCUUCACGAGAUAGCUCAUUCGAAUACUUCGUGGACCUCCUGGAUUCCCAGACAGAUCUUGAUCUCGAAGGAGGUGGACUAACGGAUGUUUUGAUGUCUGCGCACAAGGAGUCGAAGAAGGCAGAUUGUUCCUCGGUUGUGAACAACUUGCGGUUUAUAAAGCGAUUGGAUUCCAGGCUUAGUAAUAACAGCUUGAUCAGCGACAAAUCGUACGAGAGCAGGGUUACGGACACGUCAACUGACUCAAGCUGGGAAUCGGGGAAGAACCGGGGCAUGCAAACUAUGGAAGGCACAUGUCAGGUGAUGGAGCAAAUCGUGGAGAGCGCGAAUGCGCUGUCCCAUGGGCGGCACUUAUCUUCGUUUAAAUUCGGAGAGACGAAGACCGCUUCGAGUUUAACGAAUAUAGACCUGGGGUCUGAGUCGCCGGCGUCAGAUCUGUUCCAAUCUCCAGUGCGACAGAAGCAUUCAAAGCAACUGAGCAACGCCACUUCGGAGUCGUCCCAGAUAUCAGCAAAACAUUAUGACGACAAGCGUGUUGAUUUGCUUCCAGCGCUAAAAUCUACACCCGGAAUUAUAAUCAUGACGGAUAAGAGCGCUGAGGAGCACGCAAGUCUCAGUCCCCCGCGGUCCUCUGGAAAUGACGCCGGGGAUUUUGACGGGAAUUUAUGGGAGGCGGUGCAGCUUCUGGAAGAGGAGAAAGACACGGAGAUGGAGCUCAACCCGCCUGCCCCCAUCGAAUUUGCCACCAUAGAUUUUACCACCCCGGCGCGCACUCCUGCACGCACACCUGCUCGCACGUUCAGCCACGCGUCUAAGGCCUCCAAUGACUCCCACUUUGCCCAGAAGGAGACAUUUCAGAGAAGUCCUUCCGUGACAUCCAAAGCGUCUAGCACGAAGCACGGCUAUAGUGACGAGACCAAUGGCGAAGUGGAGAAGACGGGGUUCACUUCCAGGCACUUCAGGCACGCGCACAAGUACUGCGGGUGCACAAUUCUGUGAUGGAUCGACGAGAAUGGCUCAGUUUGCCAAUCCGAGUAAUUGCCACUGCCACUGUGUAUUACUAGUGUAUUCAGACGUAUGUCUCCCAUUCUUUCUCCUUGUACAGCCGCUUCGUAAAGCAUCAAACCAGUUAGACUGGCUUAUUUGGUGUCAUGGUCGAGGAUUAGUUUGUAGGUUCUGAUUAGACCCAUGACGAGCUUUAGUUGGAGAGAUUCCCGCUGCGCCAAGUUCCGAGUUCUUUCCGUGCUCCCAAUGCACACUCGCUUUGAUAAUGACAGCUCUUCGACGCCUAGAUCUUGACACCUGCAUCUGUGACUGAAAAACCGCGGCUUGGUGUAUGGAGCAUGAUUCUGCACAAAGCUUGCAUCAAAAUCUUCGCACUGUUCUGAACCUGAUCAAGACGGGUACAAUAUCUUUACCUCCCCCUUGGCCCCGUCGUGGCACUUAAGAAACCUCUGCCGGCGGUGUGCCAGGAAUAGACCGCGUCGACAGCGCCUGGAACGGGUAUCGACACUACUUCCAGUUACUUGUAUGCUAGAGGUUGUAUAUAUGCGGACUGAUUAUUACAUAACAUGUCAAUAAAAGGGAAUUUCUGGUAA